AUGCCCCUGCAUGGCUCGGAUUCGUUCCGAAACUUGCUAGCUCGUUCCGCUUCCGACAGGAGAUGCGGUCCACGCACGCACCGCGUCGGUCCCCGUGACGCGCAAUUUGUCCACGUCCGGCGCGACGAACAUUUCGAGUACCACCGUCUCAGUUCCUCACCCUCGAGGUUCUGGCUCAAUCCCUCACCUUUACCUUCCAUCAUGUGGAUCACCCACGGCCACAAACUGCUUGAGCAAAAACUCGGUACCGUUCCGAAAGCCCUUUGA